AUGAUCGACGGAAAGACCGCCAAUUGGAUCAUCACUAACACCAAGGAGUGUCCCAAAUGCUUGACCACUAUCGAGAAGAACGGCGGCUGCAAUCACAUGACCUGUCGGUCCGUCAAAUGCAAGUACCAGUUCUGUUGGGUGUGUGUGGACGGGUGGUCAACGCACGGCACCUCCUAUUAUAACUGCAAUAAGUAUAACGACAGCAAAGCCAAGCAUUGGAAAUACAGAGUCAGCGAAAGUCGGAAGUUUUUGGAGAGAUUCAUGUUUUAUUGGACGCGAAUCAUGAACCAUAAGCAGAGUCUUCAGUUCGAGAAUGAGCUCAAGUCGACGGUCACGACGAAGAUGACACACAUGCAGGACAGGUAUCACAUGAGUUGGGUGGAGGUGCAGUUCAUGGAGCAGGCGAUGGAGGCAGACCCUGAUGUACACCUAUGUGUGUUCGCCGCAUACAACGACAGGACCCCUCAGAUCGACAUCUUUGAGGACAACCAAAGAGAUCUGCAGAAAGCGGUCGAAACGCUCUCCGAAUACUUGAAGCGCGAGAUCGACGCCGAAGAGAACAGAUCCCAAGUCUUGCAUUCAUUGAAUUACUGCCAAAAUCGACGCAAAGCUCUCAUCAAUCAUAUCUCGGAAGGCAAUGAGAAGGAGUGGUGGAAGUAUAGUGCAGACUCACAUACGACUGUCCACUCAAACAUUCAUUUUUGA